AUGGCAGGCGAGAACUCUGCCACCGGUGGCAGGACCGGCGUUAGGGUCGUGGUCGCCGGAGACCGUUUCACUGGUAAAUCGAGCUUGAUUGCAGCGGCGGCGACGGAGUCAUACCCUGAAAACGUCACUCACGUUCUUCCUCCCACUCAUCUCCCCGCCGAUUUCUUCCCCGAUCGAGUCCCCAUCACCAUAAUCGAUACUUCUGCAGCCUUGGAGAAUAGAGGGAAGCUAAUUGACGAGCUAAAGCGAGCUGAUGUGGUGGUGUUAACUUACGCUUGUGAUCAACCAUUGACAUUGAAUCGUCUAAGUAGCUUUUGGCUCGAGGAGCUUCGCCGAUUAGAGGUGAAAGUACCAAUUAUCGUAGUUGGUUGCAAGCUCGAUUUGCGAGAUGAGAACCAGUCAAUUAGCCUGGAACAUGUCAUGAGACCGGUUAUGCAUGAGUACAGGGAGAUUGAGACCUGCAUAGAGUGCUCUUCGGUUACCCUUAUGCAAGUUCCAGAUGUUUUCUAUUAUGCACAAAAAGCUGUACUUCACCCAACAGCUCCAUUGUUUGAUCAAGAAACUCAAUCUUUGCAACCUCGAUGUCAGAGGGCACUUAAAAGGAUAUUUCUUCUAUGUGACCGUGACAUGGAUGGCGCACUCAAUGAUUCAGAAUUAAAUGAAUUUCAGGUUAAAUGUUUCAAUGCCCCACUCCAGCCUGCUGAAAUAGUGGGGGUGCGGAGAGUUGUACAAGAAAAGAAGAGGGAUGGAGUUAAUGACCUGGGUCUUACCCUCGAAGGCUUCUUAUAUCUACAUUUUCUUUUCAUAGAUAAAGGCCGUCACGAAACAACCUGGGCUGUCUUGAGAAGGUUUGGCUAUGGUGAUAAUCUAGAACUCCGAGAUGAUGGCCUCCCAGUUCCAACUAAGCAUGCUUCUGAUCAGAGCAUUGAGUUAAAAACGGAGGCACUUGACUUUCUACGUGGGACCUUCCGCUUGUUUGAUACUGACAACCAUGGAGCUUUGCGGCCAACUGAGCUUGAUGAGCUAUUCUCAACUGCUCCUGAAAGUCCUUGGAAUGAGGCUCCAUUUAAAGAUGCAGCAGAAACAACUUCCCAAGGAAAUUUGACUCUGAAGGGAUUCUUAUCAGAGUGGGCCCUUAUGACACUGAUGGAUCCAAGGCGCAGUUUGGCUAAUUUAAUAUAUAUUGGAUACAAUGGGAAUCCAGCUUCAGUUCUUCGAGUUACUAGACGAAAAUCUGUUGACCGUAAGAAGCAACGCAGUGAAAGAAGUGUUUACAACUGUUUGGUCUUUGGUCCAGAGAAUGCUGGAAAAUCUUCAAUGUUGAAUGCUUUGCUGGGAAGACCGUUUUCAGCAAGUCACAAUCCAGCGGGUGAGAGAUAUGCAGCGGAUGUUGUUGACCAGCUUGGGGGUAACAAGAAGACUCUCAUCUUGCGAGAGGUACCUGAAGAUGGAGUGAAAAUUUUGCUAUCAAAUAAGGAAUGUCUGGCAGCUUGUGAUGUUGCAGUGUUUGUUUAUGACAUCUCGGAUGAAUAUUCAUGGAAAAGAACAAGGGAUCUGCUAGUAGAAGUAGCUAGGCAAGGAGAAGAAACUGGUUAUGGGGUGCCUUGUCUCCUUGUAGCUGCUAAGGGUGAUUUGGUUCCAUACCCCAUGGCACUUCAAGAUUCACUGAAGGUUUGUCGAGAUUUGGGAAUAGAAGCUCCUGUAGCGGUGAGCAUGAAGACUGGAGAUCUGAAUGACUUAUUUGGGAGAAUUCUUGGCGCAGCUGAAUCUCCUCAUCUCAACAUUCCUGAAACAGAGACAGGGAGGAAACGCAAGAGCUUCCGUCGCCUCGUCAAUAACUCUCUACUCUUCGUCUCAGUUGGGGCGGCUUUUGCAGUUGUUGGCAUGGCCGCGUUUCGAAUGUAUAAUGCAAGAAGGAAUUCUUCUACCUAG